UUCUUUUUGAGAAAACCGGCGAAGUGACAAGUUGUCUACGGGAAUUUAAGAAAAAAAAAUUUACUUUUGAUUUGCUAGCGGAGUUGUUAGCCUGCAUUAAACAGUUGACCGAAUUAUAAAGCCUGAUCUGGUACCAUGGAUGACAGCAGCGAGCUCUCCGCCUACACCGAUUCGGAGAUGGAGAGACCCUAUUUGACUCGCGAAGUCACCAAAGUCUUGAGGGUGGAGCUCCAGCGGCGCCUCCAGGAGUGCGGCUGGCGCAAAAAAAUCCGCAACUUGAUACGCGCCCUGCUCGACGAUCGCGGCGUGAACAAAGUCAGCUACGAGGACAUCGCCGCUGAGAUAGUGCCGAAGGCACGUAUGCUGGUGCCCAGUCGCGUACUCCGCGAUAUGCACGAAGUCAUGCGCUCCCUCAUGGAACCCAAGCCCAAAUAGAAGGCGCAGAACUUUUGGAGCAAUCAAAUACAAAAUUUUCUGUUUUUAUUAUGAAGACAAUUAAAGCGUUGUUGCGUUGUUUGCUCAGUUUCGACUCCUGUCAAAGAGUCGCCUGAAAAUAAAGGA